AUGUAUUUUGAAAAUACACUCCUAAUUUCCUACACAGAGAGAGAAUCAGAAGACUGAUAUCCCCCGAUUCUCACCAGCCUUUGAAUCCUCCAUCAAUUUCAGCACCAUUGAGAUUCAAUCGGCGUUGGCCUACUUCAGCUUUGAUCCAUCGGAAAUUUAAAGAAGAGGAGGAAGGAGAAGAAGAAGAAGAAGAAGAGGAAAGUAUAAGGAACUAAUAUGACUUUGGAGAGAUUUGAGGAGCAGGACUUUUUCGCAUGCUGUGGCAGCACCAGAUUCGCUAAAGAAAUGGCGUCGGCUUACCCUUUUACUUCCCUUGAUGAUGCCAUCUCUGCCGCCAGAAACAUCUGGUUCAACAAGGUUGAUGUCAAUGGUUGGCUUGAAGCAUUCUCAGCUCAUCCUGCGAUUGGACAAUCGCCUUCUUCCGCCCAUGCUUCUCAUGCUUCUGCUCAAUGGAGUAAGGGAGAGCAGUCAACUGCUUUAGCAACUUCUACUGCCUCCACCUUACAGGAACUUUCUGACGGGAAUGCCCAGUACAGGCAAAAGUUUGGAUUUGUAUUCCUUAUAUGUGCAUCCGGACGGAGUACUGCUGAAAUACUUGCUGAAUUAAAGAAACGGUUCCAAAACAGGCCCAUAGUUGAGUUUGAAAUUGCAGCACAAGAGCAAAUGAAAAUAACAGAGCUCCGUCUUGGAAAGCUCUUCUCAACCAAAAGUAUAGCUGCUUCAACUGGUAAUCAGUAUCCCACAGUUUCUGCAACAAAAGUAGAAGAAGAUCGUGUAGCUGUUAUUGGUGGACAUUUAAAGGCUGCUCCAAAUUCUUCCUCUGAUAAUGUGUCUCAAAUCCCAACUCGAACCCGACCACCCAUUACCACACAUAUCUUGGAUGUUUCUCGAGGUUGUCCAGCUGCUGGCGUUGAGGUGCGUUUGGAGAUGUGGAAGGGCAGUCAACCUCGACCCAUGUUUGAUAAGAUAGAUAUUGGUGGUUGGAUAUUUUUGGCAUCUUCAAGUACAGAUGCAGAUGGAAGAAGUGGUCAAUUAAUGAGCAUUGUUGAUGAUGUGAACCCUGGAAUAUACAGAAUAAGUUUCAAUACGGGUAAGUACCAUCCAUCUGGGUUCUUUCCAUUUGUUUCUGUUGUCUUUGAAAUCAAAGAAUCACAAAAAAAGGAACAUUUUCAUGUUCCUCUGUUGCUCUCACCAUUCUCAUUCAGUACUUAUCGGGGCAGCUAGAGCCUUAGGCAGGUCAGUUAACAAACAAUGUUUUUUCAGGUACAACUUCUCCAUUGUGAAUGUAAUAAAUGCUCUUAUCAACUUCUGCUAUAAACAGUUUAGCAAUAAUAUUUGAUGCUUGAUCUCUUUUUAUGUAAUACAAGAACGAAGGAAUCAUUCUGUUUGUGCA